CGUUGCUAGGACAACGUAAACAUCGACGUUCUUGGAGGAACGAUUUUUAAAAAAGCCCAGCACCAAAAGGACCUGAAAAUACAAACGCCAAAAUGCUGAUUUGAAAUGUUGUUUUUUUUGGAAGAAAGUUUUGUUUUUUGAAGAUGUCUGAAGUGCAGAAAGACAAAGCUGCCCGAAAAGACAAGAAGACAAGCAGGGUGCCGUCAGAGGGAAGUCACGGAGUCAAAUACACGGCUGGCAAAAACAAGGACUCGUUAAGCAAUAUUUCCUGCUUAGAUGAGCAAGACGGCCUGGUUGUCACGCUUGAGAACACCUACCAGCUAGGACCUCGCAAACGCUUCCCCGCUCCUGCUGUGUUGGCAAUACUGAAGGAUGUACUCCCAAGUUACCUCGAAGACGAGAAAUAUGAAGUGGAGUGGUCACGGCAAAUGAGCAAAAACUUAUCUGAGGUGAUACGAGCCCGCGUGAAGGACCUCAUGAUCCGCAGGUACAAGAUAGUGGUCUUGGUUCACAUCGGCCAACUCGCAGGACAGAGCAUGCAGAUCAGCAGCCGUUGUUUGUGGGACCAGGCAACCGACACCUUUGCGUCGUGGUCCUUCAAGAACACCUCCCUGUAUGGCGUGGCCAGUGUUUAUGCUGUUUACUUUGAGUAAAGCCAUUUUUUUAAGGAUUAGAAGAUAUAAUUUCUAUAGAAAUUGCAUGAGGAUGUUUUGCUCUUUUUCACUUUCUGCAGAUUUUUAAUAACUUACUACUUACUACUACUCAUUUUGGGGCAUUGUCAUUGGCUGCCAUUGACAGUGCUGGACGUCCAAUCCAAAUUCAUUCAUUUCCACUCCCAUUCAACAAAAACAUUCAUUUCCACUCCCAUUCAACAAAAAUUGGAUGUUUAGCGUCGUCAGUGGCAGCCAAUGAGUGCCCAGAACGACUAAAACAAAAAUAUCAACAAUUUUUUUUUUUUUCUGGUUUUCAUAUUUUUCAGGGUAUGUGUCGGGUAAUAUUCAGUUUGUUGCGUACUGUAUAUGUAAUAACUCAUUGGCUGCCACUCAGUGGUGGAAUGUAACAAAGUAAAAGUACUUCGUUACUGUAUUAAGUACAUUUUUAUGUAUCUGUACUGUACUUGAGUAUAAACAUGAAGUGGUAUUUUUUUUACUUUAGCCUCAUUAGAUUUUACGGCACAUAUCUGUACUUUUAAAUCCAUUACGCUUCAAAUUGUCGACUGUAUCACACAAUACUUUUGUUUGUUGGCUUUUUUUCUCAUUUUAAAUUGAUAGUUUCGUUUUCAUGCCUCCGGCACAAUUGAUAAGCCCCGUGCAACUAUACCAUAAUUGAGGCAGCAACACGACUACAAGCAAGAUUAGACAGGUGAACAAGAUAUUGACCAAUACAAACCUACGGUGAGAGCAGCGCGCCUUCAGAUGGGUGCUGCACACUCUUGUACAGUAGGUGCCAGUAUGCACCUGAUAGUUGCUUGCAGUCCGCCAUUAAGCUAAAUUUGGGAUUUUUUAAACUUGUUCAGCUUCAGUUUAGAGUGCAGUCAAUUUUAUUGCUUUCUUUUUCCGUUUUGCAAAGUUUUGAAUAAACCUGA